AUGGCAGCCACCCUCUGUCAAGUGCUGGGCUUCAUUCUGAGUUUGAUAGGUCUGGCGGGAAUAAUUGCAGCAACAGGGAUGGACCAGUGGGCAACGCAAGACCGACUCGACGACAUUGUGACUUCUGUGUUCUAUUCCUCGGGCCUGUGGAGAUCGUGUGUGCAGCAGAGCUCCGGCUUCGCAGAGUGCCGACCGUAUUUCACCAUCCUGGGGCUGCCAGCUCUGCUUCAGGCCGUUCGCGCCCUGAUGAUUGUUGGUAUUGUUCUCGGAGCCAUCGGCUGCCUGAUCGCCAUUUUUUCCCUGAAGUGCUUGAAAAUGGGGAACAUGGAGGACAACAUGAAAGCGACAAUGUCUCUGACAUCUGGGAUUAUGUUUCUUCUUGCAGGUGUCUGCGGCAUCGCCGGGGUGUCGGCCUUCGCUAACUUGAUUGUGCAGAGUUUUCGGUUCACAACAUACGCCGAGGGUGGGUUCAGUAUGUUUGGAGGAGGGGGUGUUGGCGGACUUUCAGGAAAUCUCGCUCCAAGGUACACUUUUGGCCCCGCUCUUUUCGUGGGCUGGAUCGGCGCAGCUAUCCUGGUCAUUGGAGGCAUCCUGAUGUGUCUGGCCUGCCGUGGGAUGACUCCAGAUAAUCGGCAACGGUACGACGGGAUGGUCUACAAAGUCCCCUCUCACCACACUAUCUACAAGUCUGACAGACCCCGUCCAGCCUACAACGACUCCUACAAGGCCCACAGUAUGGACGGACCUCAGUCCAACCAGAGAUUCGACUAUGUGUAGAAUCAUUUCACUCUUGUAGAUACCUCUCUUUUAUAUUUUGCCACUCUGUGAUGAUUCAGCAUUUUUCUCUUGUUUUAUCGUAUUAAUGGAAGAAUGGUUGUUUAUUUUUUUUUAUUUCUCUCUAAUUUGCCUAAACUGCUAAACAUCUAGGGUUGCAACGGUAUGAGACUUUCACGGUACUGUCUCAGGAAAUAUUAAGGUAUAACAGUAUUACAGAAUUAUUAUUAUCAGUUACAAUGAUCCUUAAAGGAAUGAAAACACAAAGGUACUUUUUAGUUAAACAAAUGUUUUAUUAUUGUAACUGAAACUUCAAACCAUUUUUUAAAAUUAAAGUAUGUUUAAAAACUCUCCCUUCUGAACAUAACUUAAAUUAAGGUUAUAUUCUCUGCAUUUUUCCCAAUACUGUCAUUAAGUAAUUAUACAUGGUAUGAUAUGUGAGAAUUUACAUACCACAAUUAACCUUGAAACCAAUAUACCACCGCAACCCUUUAAACUUCUAUGGUGUUUU